AUGGCGCGGGAGCACGAGAUCGUUUCGGCCCCUGCCUCCGCCCUCGCGUGCGCCCUCGUGUCGCCGGUUUAUUUUCCUGGCGCGGCCGCCAGGGGCGCGAACGGCGAGGGUGGCACCGGUGAUAAACCCUCAAGGCUGCCGCCAGGGGGCGGGGCCGCGAUGGUGCCCACUGAGGAAGUGCUGGGAAGGUAUCUAAGUGAAACGCUAUGCAUAAUACUUUUUAUACGAUACAUCGGGGAUAUUGAUGUUUCAUGUUAUCAUAUUGCGCUGAACGAGGUCAAACCAAGCCACGAAACGUCGAAACAUAAUUUAAAUAAUUACGGUGCCAAAAUAGGGCACAUCCGCACGCUGGUGCCGCUGGACGCAGAGAGCCGCAGCCACUACUGGCUGAGCGUGUUCGCCCAGGACCACGGCGUGGUGCCGCUGCACGGCCGCCAGGAGGUGUACGUGGCGGUGGCGAACGAGAACGACAACACGCCGCUGACGGAGGAGCCCGUCUACUACCCGUCCAUCGCGGAGAACUCGCCCGCGGGCAAGCAGGUGGUGCAGCUGCGCGCGGUGGACUUCGACCGCGACCCCGAGCAGCGGCUCAGCUUCCGCAUCACGGCCGGCAACCCUGAGAGCUACUUCUCCAUCGACCGCGAGACAGGCAUCAUACGCACAACCGGCCGCAAGUUGGACCGCGAGAACCAAGCAGAACAUAUCCUGGAGGUGACUGUAAGCGACAAUGGAAGCCCUCCUCUUUCAUCAACAACUCGCGUUGUGGUAACAGUUGCAGAUGUGAAUGACCAUGCUCCACAGUUUGAGCAGUCAUUUUACAAAAUCCAGAUUCCUGAAUCUACAAGUCAUGAUUUGCCUCUCUUCCAGAAUGGCACAGAGGAGCUCGAGGUAGCUGUUGAUACCUUUCUUGAAAAUGGAACAUGGGAGACUUUUGAUCCCGACAGCUUAUCAGGAGAACCAGUAUUGAGGGUUUUGGGAUAUGAUUUAGAUGAGGGGCCAAAUGGAGAUAUUACCUACAGUAUUAAAUCAGGGCGUGGCAUAGGGAAAUUUCGAAUUCAUCCGAAGACUGGAGUUGUAUAUUCUCAAAGGGGCUUCCAAGAAGGUCAAGAGUAUGAUCUUCGAAUUCGAGCUCAAGACAAUGGAUUGCCACAAAAAAGUCAUACUACUAGGGUGUCAGUACAAGUCAUGAAAGUUCCUAAAACAUCUCCUCAUCCUCCUGAAAUAAAAAAUCCAAAUCAAACUGUUGAAGUUACAGAAAGUGAUGAUAUCACUUAUCUUGUUGCAUUAAUUCAAGCAAUAGAUGAUGAUGGAGAUAUGUUAUGGUAUGACAUUGUGGGUGGUGAUGAUGACCAUGAUUUCUUCAUUGGCCGUGAUAAAGGAAACAUCCUCUUAGCUAAAAAACUUGAUUGGGAAAGAAAAAAUAAAUACAAUUUGACAAUCAGCGUGACAGAUGGUGUUCAUACAGUGUAUACACAGCUUUAUGUAACUGUCAUUGAUAUUAAUGACUGUCGGCCAAAUUUCUCUGAGAAAGUUUAUAAUGUAGAAAUAUCAGAAAAUGUUGAAAAAGGUACAGAAAUUCUUCAACUUCUGGCAACUGAUGAUGAUGAAGAUAAAAAAGUAUUCUACAGUUUGUAUGCUGCUAGAAAUCCAGCUUCUCUUUCCAUCUUUAAAGUUGAUUCUGUUACUGGAGCUGUUGUUUUGAAUGAAAAACUGGACAGAGAAACUAUUGAAGAGCAUAUAUUAACUGUAAUGGUUAAGGAUCAAGGAACACCAUCAAAACGAAAUUAUGCUAGAGUUGUCGUAACUGUUCAUGACCACAAUGAUCACCAUCCAGAAUUCACCAGUCAAAUAAUUCAAGGAAAAGUUUUCGAGACAGCAAGCAUUGGUUCAGCUGUUGUGCAAGUCUAUGCAAUUGAUAAAGAUAGAGGAGAAAAUGCUAAAAUAACAUAUUCCAUUACCUCAGGCAACAUUGGAAAUGUGUUCAGUAUUGAUCCUACUCUGGGCACUGUACAAAUUGCUAGAGAAUUAGAUCUUGGUUCAAUGUCAGAAUAUAUGCUCAUUGUGAAGGCUACUGAUAAUGGAUCUCCUCCUCUUUCAUCCACAAUUCCUGUACAUGUAAUGGUCACUAUGGCAGAUAAUGCUCCUCCAAGGUUUAUGAAGAAAGAACAUGCAGCUGAAAUAUAUGAAAAUCAACCAAUUGGCACUUAUGUUAAACAUCUGGAGGCAAGAAGUACAUCUUCUCUUUUCUUUGAAAUCAUUGCUGGGAACACAGAUGACAUGUAUUUUAUAAACCCUAGCACUGGUGUUAUCAUUACAAAAAGACAGUUAGAUUAUGAGCUCAACAAAGUUUAUAAUUUAACUGUGGAAGCUACAAAUAUGGCUGGUGCAAAGGCAAAAUGUAAUGUAAUUGUUCAUGUUUUGGAUCGUAAUGACAAUGCUCCAAGAUUUGUUCAAGCUUUAUAUAUGGGGAGCAUCAGUGAGGCUGCCCCUGUUGGCUCAUUGAUUCUUGCAAAUAAUAGCUCUCCAUUGGUCAUUAAAGCAAAAGAUGAUGAUUCUGAACUCAAUGCCCUUUUAAGUUAUGAUAUUGUUGAAACUUUACCCAGGACAUAUUUUCGUAUUGACUCCAGCACUGGAGCUAUUCGAACUGUGAUGGCAUUAGACCAUGAAAAGUAUGCACAUUUUCACUUUCAUGUUAAAGUAUCCGAUUUGGGGAAGCCACGAUUAUCUUCAGAAACCACAGCUCGUGUUGAAAUCACAAUUUUGGAUGUCAAUGACUGUUCACCUCACUUUUUACAAUCUGAAUACAAUACCACUCUUCUUUUGCCUACGUACCAAAAUGUUGCUGUUGUGAGAGUAAAUGCAUCAGAUCCUGAUUCACAAGAAAACACAGUUCUUCGUUAUGACAUAAUUGAUGGAAACAAAGGAAAUGUAUUUGCCAUAGAUGCAAAAUCAGGUGUUGUUACAGUAGCUGAUACUAGGCAUAUUAAACAAUUUCAUAAACUGCACUUACGUGUAUCAGAUGGCAAAUUUUCCAGUGUAGCCCAAGUGAAUAUUAAAGUGGAAAAAUCAGAAAAUUCAGGUUUAACAUUUCAGAAGAGUGUGUAUCUUGGAACUAUUCUGGAGAAUACCACAAAGAUCUCACCUGUUGUGGUGGUCAAUGUUCUUGGAAGUGCUCUCAAUGAGCAUGUAGUAUUCAGCAUUUUAAAUCCUACUGAUAUGUUUACAAUUGGUCCCACUUCAGGAGUCAUAAAAACAACAGGGAAACGAUUUGAUAGAGAAUUGAAAGAUAAAUAUGAACUUAUUGUGGAAGCUCGAAGUGAAGAAGUAGAUGAAGAAAGGCCGAGAGUGGCACAUGUUAUGGUGAAUGUCACAAUUCUAGAUAUUAAUGAUAACUGCCCUAUGUUUGUGAACUUACCAUAUUAUGCUGUAGUGUCAGUGGAUGCUCAGAAAGGAGACGGCAUAACAAAAGUUCAUGCUGUAGAUAUGGAUAAAGGAGAAAAUGGUGAAGUACGUUAUGAGCUAAUAAAAGGACAUGGUGAACUCUUCAAGGUGUGUCGGAAGACUGGAGAAGUUACAUUAAAACAAAGUUUAGAGGGUCACAAUAGAGAAUAUGAAUUGAUCAUUGCAGCAUAUGAUGGAGGUAUUUCUCCAUGCUCUACUGAAGUGCCUGUUCAUGUUAAAGUGAUUGAUAGAUCAAUGCCUAUAUUUGACAAACAGUUUUACACUGAUAGUGUGCCUGAGAGUAUUGAAAUCCAUUCUCCCCUCACUGUUAGUAUUCAGGCUGAGUCACCACUGGGGAGAAAGUUGAUAUAUAGUAUUGUUAAAGGAAAUGACUAUGAAGAAUUUGCUCUUGAUUUUAACACGGGUGUGAUUUCCGUUGUGGAUGAAUUGGACUAUGAACAAAAGAAACAAUAUGAAUUAACUAUUAGAGCCACAGACAGUGUAUCUGGUGUAUAUGCUGAGGUUCUUGUUAGUAUCUUAGUACAAGAUGUAAAUGACUGCCCUCCAGAAUUCAGUACAGAUGCAUAUAACAUUUCUGUAUCUGAAGCUGCUCCAUUUGGCACAUCAGUUCUUAAAGUAUCUAGUAGAGAUAAUGAUACAGGAAUAAACCAGAAAGUAAGGUAUGAAAUACAAGGUGACUCUACUAAUUCAUCUGAAUAUUUUCAUAUUGACCCUGAUGAUGGAACUAUUUACUUGAAAAGAUCUCUCGAUCAUGAAAUACACAACAGUCAUCAUUUUACUGUGGUCGCUAAGGAUGGGGGAGUUCCAAGCCUCUCAAGUACAGCCCAUGUUUGGGUUACUGUUCUGGAUAUGAAUGAUAAUCCUCCAAAAUUUGAGCAACCAUCAUACACCUGCUUUUUAUCAGAACAUGCUCAAAGAGGUCAGUUUGUCACAGUAGUUAAAGCUAGUGAUCCAGAUUAUGUAGAUUAUGAAAGAUUGUCAUACACAAUAGUUGGAGGCAAUGAGUUGCAGACAUUUUCUAUUGAUUCUGCUACAGGAAUUAUUUCUUUGAUCAAUAUGCAAAAUUUUGCCGAGGAUACCAUGAGCAUUUUGAACAUAUCUGUAACAGAUGGAGUCUACACAAGCUUUACCAGAGUUCAAAUUGAAAUAUUACCAGCUAACAGACAUAAUCCAGUAUUUCCCAAACUGCAGUUUGAAGUGAAAGUAAAUGAAAAUCAACCACAUGGUACAAUGGUUACAAAAGUAACUGCAUCAGAUGAAGACUUUGGAGAAUAUGGAGAAAUUACAUAUGCUAUUCCAUCUGAAUUGUUACGAGAAAUAUUUGAUAUAAAUAGGAAAUCAGGAGAAAUUACUACAAAGAAGAAACUUGACAGAGAAGUUCAAAAAUUGUAUGAAAUUCCAGUGAUGGCUACUGAUGGUGGUGGUAGAUCAGGAUUUGUAAUUGUGAGAGUUAAAGUUGGAGAUGAAAAUGAUAACACACCCAAAUUCCUUUUGAGAGAAUAUAAAGCAACGAUUCAAAACAAUCUUACAAUUAAUUCAAGAAUUUUGAGGAUAAAAGCAGUAGAUGCUGAUGAUGAUAUGGCUGCAGAUAUCUUAUAUUCAAUUUAUGAAACACAAACUUCUGGUGUGAAAGAACUUUUUACAAUAAAUAAUCAUUCUGGUGUUAUCACUCUGAAUAGAAGUGCUGUUCCUUGGGAAAAUCAAGUGUUUCAGUUUUUUGUGAGAGCGCAAGAUCGUGGUAGCCCCUCACUUUACUCAAAUGUUCCUGUAGACAUUUAUGUUAUGAGUUCACAGGAUGUGGCUCCUAUGUUUGAGCGCCGAGAUGACAAAUUCUUCAUUUCAGAAAAUGACCCACCGGGAACUUUAAUUACCAAAUUAAAGAUGGUUACUAAUGUAUCAGUACAUUAUCGUAUAAUAUCUGGAAAUGAAGAUGCUCCGUUGUUUGCUGUGGAUAGCCAAGGGCAGUUAUCAUUAGCUCGCACAUUAGAUCGUGAAGCUAAAGAUACACAUUUGAUAGCAGUACUGGCAGAAACAGAUUCUAGUCCUCCUCUUACUGCAUUAGCUGAAGUCACUCUCAAAGUUUUGGAUGAAAAUGAUAAUAUGCCUGAAUUUGAAAGUAGUCCUUAUCGAUUGACUCUGGCAGAAAAUGUUGGUGAAGGAACAUCUAUUUUGAAAGUAAUUGCUCAUGAUAGAGACUUAGGUAGUAAUGGAGAAGUUCGUUAUUCAUUUGGAAGUGAUAUUGGAGAUUUGGCAAAUGUAUUUGCAGUAGAUGCAUACACUGGAUGGAUCACUACUUUAGUGCAAUUGGACAAAGAAGAGCAGUCAGAAUUUGUAUUCCAAGUUGUUGCUACUGACAAUGGAAAUCCUAAACAUUUUGCUAGAACAAGUGUUUAUAUUAAAUUAAAAGAUUAUAAUGACAACCCACCUGUGUUCAAAAGCCGGCAUGAUGAAGCAACAGUAAAUGAAGAUGCUCUACCUGGAACUGUUGUUGUGCAGUUAGAAACAACUGAUCUUGACUCUGAUCUUAUAUCACCUGUAGAGUUUUAUAUCACGUCAGGUGAUCCUCAGUCUCAAUUUCAAAUAAGGCAAACUGGAGAAGUCUAUGUUGCCAAGCCUCUUGAUAGAGAGAGCAUUAGUAAAUAUAUUUUAGAAGUCACUGCCACAGAUGGCAAAUUUAUUGCCAAAACGAAAUAUCGGUAUCGUGAAGUGUUAUCUGAAGGAGUACAUCCAGGAAGCUAUGUUUUAACAGUUUUGGCAAAUGAUAUAGAUGAAGAGCCAAAUGCUAACUUGCGUUAUUAUUUGACUGGAGAAGGUGCUGAUCGCUUCUCUCUUGACAAAUCUGGAGGCCAUUUAAAGACUAUACGUCCACUUGAUCGAGAAGAGCAAUCAAAAUAUCAACUCACUGCCCAUGUUCAAGAUCGUGAUAAAACAGGAUGGGAAUGUUCUUCACAAAUUGAAAUCCUUAUAUCAGAUUUGAAUGACAAUCCUCCAGAAUUUUCCAUGCAUUCUUAUAGUGCUACCUUACCAGAAGAUGUGGAAGUUGGAACAUUGGUUACAAAAGUGCAUGCUACCGACAGAGAUAUAGGCAUCAAUCGCAAGAUCAAGUAUUCGUUUGUUGAUUCAGCAAAUGGACAUUUUAAAAUAGCUUCUGAUAGUGGUAUAGUUACCCUUGCCAAACCUUUGGAUAGAGAAACACGUGCUAUGUACAAUUUGUCUGUUCAAGCCAUUGAUCAGGGUACCCCACAGUUAUCGAAACUCGCUGGACUAACAGUACUAGUCUUAGAUAUAAAUGACAAUCCUCCUGAAUUUGCUUCAAAAUAUUAUUAUGCCAGUGUCCCAGAAAUAAAUGCAGUUGGAACUGAAAUUGUUCGUGUGUUAGCUACUUCAAAGGAUGCAGGGGUUAAUGCUGAAGUUUCGUACUCUAUUAUAGGAGGAAAUGAACAUAAAAAGUUUGCAAUUCAUCCUAAAUCAGGAGUUAUUACUAUCGCAGACCAUCUUGACUAUGAAAGAGCAAAAGAUUACUUUCUUACCAUUCAAGCAGUUGAUGGAGGAGUUCCUCCUCUCAGUAACCAUGCUACAGUUAAUAUUUCUGUAACUGAUAGCAAUGAUAACGCUCCUGUUUUCAACCAAGUUUCAUAUAGUGCGAGAAUACGAGAAGAUGCUCAAAUAGGAGAUAAAAUAUUGCAGGUAUUAGCUACUGAUUUGGAUAGUGAAGCUAAUGGAAAGGUGACAUAUUCUAUUGAAAGAGGAGAUAGGCAGAAACAGUUUCAUAUCAAUGAGAAAACAGGAUACAUAUCUGUUGCUGGAACUCUGGAUCGAGAAAUGGUAUCUAAUUAUGUUUUGGAAGUACAUGCACGAGACAAUGGUCUUCCAGUUAUGAGCAGUUAUGUAAUGGUGAACAUUGAAAUAUCAGAUGCUAAUGACAAUCAACCACUCUUCUCUCAAGCUAAUUACACUGCAAUUGUCCAGGAGGAUAAACCUUUGCAUCAUAUGGUUCUCAAGUUCAUAGUAACAGAUGCUGAUGCAAAUCCGAAUGCAGCACCUUACACUUAUGACAUUAGAUCAGGAAAUGAGGGAACAGCAUUUAUGCUGGAACAAGAUGGAAUACUUCGUACUGCAGCUAAACUGAAUCACAAAAUUAGAGAUAAAUAUUAUUUGCAUAUUCGGGUGUUUGAUAAUGGAACCCCACCACUUUUUUCUGAUACGUGGGUUAUUGUUAAGGUUAUUGAAGAAUCUCAGUACCCACCUCAUAUCACCCCCUUGGAAAUCUCAGUAAACUCGUUCAUGGAUGAAUUUCCUGGUGGUGUUAUAGGAAAAAUUCAUGCAUCUGAUCAAGACCAAUUUGAUACCUUGUCUUACAGUCUAGCUAAAACUCCAACUGGAAAUUUGUUACAAAAUCCUGCCACUGAUUUAUUUGAAAUAAAUAGAAACGAUGGCACACUUUCUGCAUUGCCAAGACUGGAUGUUGGUGAAUAUCGAAUUAACAUUUCAGUAUCAGAUGGAAAAUUCACAUCAAAUGCAAUUGUGAAGGUCUCUGUAGAGCUUGUAUCAGAAGAAAUGCUUUCAAAUUCAGUAAUUAUUAGGUUCAGGGAUAUUAGUCCUUUGGAUUUUGUCUUGAGUUAUCGCAAAGGAUUCAGAAGAGCAGUGGGUAAUUCUUUAAAAGGCAGAUUAAAGGAUGUCAUUAUUAUAAGUAUUCAGCCAACAUCUGUGGAGUUGAGCAAAUCUAAAGGAAGAUAUACCCGCCAGGCACAGAAUAGUGACCUUGACGUCCUAUUUGCUGUGAAAAAAUCACAAAGUGUUGGAGGUAAUACAGCCUUUCAUAGUGCAGAUACUGUAAGGCAGGCUAUUAAUGGAAAUAUUGAUGAAAUUGAGGCAGGGGGGCUUGUUGUGGAAGAAAUAGCAAGAGACAAGUGUACACAAAGUUACUGUACCUAUGGAGAAUGUGAGGAUCACAUUGUCCUUGAUAAAACAUCCGUAACCUCAAUUUCAGCUGAUUUCACCAGCUUUGUAUCCCCAUAUCAUCAUCAUGAAGUUCACUGUGAAUGUAAAGAAGGAUAUGCAGGAGACAGAUGUGAAAUCAUUGUUAAUGAAUGUGCUAGAGAUCCAUGCCCAGUCUUCAAAGUUUGUAUCCCUGAUGCAUCACCUCAAGGAUUCUCAUGCCAAUGUCCAGAAGGAUUUGCUGGUCCUACUUGUGAAGUUGACAUUUCUAAAUGUCAUGAUGAAUCAUGUUACAUUCCACGUAACCCAGUGUCUUUCAGUGGGAAAAGUUAUGCUCAGUACAGAGUAGAUAAUUCACUUGUUAAAAAGAUAUUGGAAAAUCGAAUGAGUUUGUCAUUGCGUAUACGCACAAUGCAUCUUACAGGAAAUUUGAUGUAUGCUGCAGGGAAAGUGGAUUAUAAUAUUUUAGAGGUUGAAAAUGGAGUGGUACAAUACAGAUUUGACUUGGGAAGUGGAGAAGGAUUAGUGCGAGUUGGUAGUGCCUAUGUAAGUGAUGGCCAGUGGCAUGAAAUACAAUUGGAAAGAGAUGGAAACAGUGCAAAACUUGUUGUUGAUGGAAAGCAUGUAGCUCAUGGUUCUGCUCCUGGCAAUAAUGGCAUCCUGAACCUUCAAUCUACUGACAUCUACCUUGGUGCAGAAGUACAUCAACAUCCUACAGUUCUUGGUUAUGAAGAUAUUCAACGAGGGUUUUUUGGAUGUAUGGAUGAUGUCCGAAUAGCUCGAGUUUCUGUGCCUCUUCAUAUGAGUGGAGCUAGCAGUGUUGCUGUGCUAAAACGUUUUGCUAAUGUGGAAUUCAACUGUGAUCCAUCUACAGUGUUGAUCCCUCCAGGUGUAUGUGGGUCACAACCAUGUCUUAACGGAGGCACUUGCAUAGACAAUGGAGGUGAUGAUUAUGAUUGCACUUGUCACCCUCGAUUUACUGGAUCAUCUUGUGAAAUCGAUACAGACCCUUGUGCCUCCUCUCCAUGCUUGUAUGGAGGACGUUGUCAUGUUGUACCUAUGGGUAACGAUUUUAUGUGUCAAUGUCUUCCUCAUUCCCGAUUUAGUGGUAAACGAUGUGAGUAUGGAAGAUUUUGUAAUCCAAACCCUUGUUUGAAUGGUGGAGUAUGUGAAGAAGGUGACAUAGGACCAAUUUGUAAAUGCCAUGGAUACACUGGUGACUUGUGUAAACUUGAUGUUGAUGAAUGUAAUGGAAGUGCUCGAGGACCAUGUCAGAAUGGUGGAACUUGUUACAAUGAACCCGGAAAUUAUCGUUGUGUGUGUCCUCCUAAUGUGACAGGCCGUCAUUGUGCCACAUCUUUAUAUUCAACUUCCAUAUCGUCUAGUAAAUAUAAUGUAACAUGGGAAGAACUUAUUGCAAUUUUUGUGGCUGUGACUAUCAUAUUCCUAGUGGUUUUCCUAUUUAUUAUGUAUAGACGGUUUCGUGUGAAACGUUCUCGUGAAAGAACUAAUAAUAUAAAUAAUGAAACUCACAAGGACAUAGUGCUUAAUUCAGCUCGCCCAAACGACAAUGAAUUCAAGAGAGGAUCAAAAUUAAGCAAUCUUGAAGUCAGCCAGGUCCCUCCCCAGUGUCCGCCUCGCCCUGCUUCCUACACUCCUAGCUCAAACAAUGAGCCUGCUCCAUACAACCAUCCUGCUGCCAUGCUCAACAAUCUCGACACUUUGCGUAGCUAUGGUUCAGCUGGCGAUGAACUGGAGAAUGUUCCUCCUGACUAUCUGCGUAACCUUAACAGGAGCACCCCAGUACCACAAGCUCCUCCACAUCUCACUUCAACAAAUCCCACAACUGCUACCACUACUUCACUAGACUCGGACAGCCUUCACAAACCCUCCUGGGCAGAAGUAGCUGAACAGAUGGGUACAUAUACUGACACCAAUAAAAUCAAGAACGACUUGAAACACCCAGUAGCCUCGUCAGAUUUCUCUCGAGGAAUGAUCUCAACUGGCCGCCCAGGCCGAGGGUCCCAAGUAGGAGGGACAUCUGCAACUUCAGUCAGCUCCCUUGAUGAUGACCCUCGCCUUGUGGGAGGCUAUCACUGGGACUGUUCUGACUGGGUGAACCGCAGCCAAAACCCCCUUCCAAAUAUUACUGAGGUCCCUGGCAGUGAAGUACCUGAUUCUUCAAGUUUCCAUAGUAAUGAAAGUAAUGAAUCAAAUACACAUCAGGGCAACAUGUCGCUUCCUCCAGUACUUGGACCUGUUGAUCCAGUACGAGAUAUUGAAACUCUCAAUGAAGAUCAAGAGUCUGAGUAUGUUGGGGAUUCAGAAUGUGGAACAGAGUUUGGUGGAAGUCAUUAUGGACCUGACAGUCCCAACCUUCAAAGUAGUAAUGUGCUGGACAGUGGUGGAGAAGAAUAUCAUUUUAAUACUGCCAGUAGUUAUCUCAGGCAUCCUAAUCAAUAUUUGCCUCCCUAUAAUAUUAACAGUGAAAAUGAGACGGAACCUCUUAGCAGCCACAAUAAUUUGGAUGACUCUGAUGAUGAGGAAGUGGUGCCUUAUGGUUUUCCCAGCCGUAGACGACGUCGUAAAGGAGAAGAUGAAGAUGGUUCAGUGAUUACAGUACUCGGAGAGAGGGCAUCCCUCCUUGGGGGGUGUACAAGUAAUAGUGAUCUAUCAACUAAUCUUUGUGACAUUGAUGACUCAGAGUUUGAAAGUGCCGAGAUGAAAAAAUUUAACCAGAGGAACUGGAUAUCUGCAGGGAUUACUCAGACAUCUGUGUGACAAAGCGAGCUGCCGUCAGGCAGUUGUAUUACUCUUUCGUGUUCUCCUGCUAUAUCUCAAUCACCAAACCUACAUUCUCCUUCGACGCCUCAGCUAACAUCGUUUGUACGAAAAGUGCCAUAACAUUGUAGCAAUUGAUUGAGUAGUGUUUAUGUUAUUUGGAAUUGCAAUGUUUUACCUGUGACUUGCAUUUGGUCAAUUUAUAUAAACUAAAUAAUGCAUGAAAUGUCUGUGACAGUGAUGUGUGUGGACAGAAUUUUACUUGAGAAAUUUGAUCUUGAAGAGGCAAGAAAGAACAAUCUGUUGUAUUAUAUGGUAAUAUUUAUUAAAAUUAUUAUUAUUAUAAUAAUUAUUAUUAGUAGUAGUAUUAUUUGUAUAUUGUGUGAAUUUAAUGAAUCGGAGUCACUGUCUUGUGAUUAAUUUUAAUCACUGCAGAUUUAAGUUUUUUAUCAUUGCAUUGUUUUCUGCAGAUGCUAAUGCCUAAAAUUGCCUAUGCUUUUGUUAGUAAAUACUCAAAAAAACAUUUGAAAACUGCGCAAAUGAUGAUUAAUAUUGCUGUAGACAGGUAUUAAUGUCAAGAAAAAUGUAACUUUAUAUUUUUAAUUGCCAUUAAGUGCAGCACUGAUGCCAGCACAAAUAUCUGUGAUUAUGGACCAUGCCUCUCGUCAGAAACUCAAAAAUCAGUUACCAUCACCUGAUAUUGAGUUAUAGUUUGGUGCUAUUCAUAAUAAACAUAACAAUUACAAGACUGUAGCUUGAAGUGACUGUAGUUUGAUACUUACAUGCAGAAAAUGCCAAACUUUAACAGAACGGGAUCUGAAAAUUUCUUGUUACUAAAGAAGCAGAGGAAAUAUCAUGAAUUCAUACUUAAUUGCGAUUUUCAAAGCAAUUUAUUUUUUCGUUAAUUUUAUUCGCAUCUUUAACCAACAUUGUAAUAGUUUCAUGAUUAUUUAUUUAGACACAAUGUUGCCUUAUGCCAAAAAUAAUGAUGUAACAUUCUCCAGUAUGUCAUGGAGACUGAAGAACUGACCACAUAUAGCUAAAAUUGUAAUUGUAGAGAUAGAAUAUAAAACAUUUUCACAAUCUUUUUUAAUCAAUGUCUCUUAAUUAAAAUUACAAUUAUUUUCAACAAUUUGAAUUCUAUUUUUGAGAUCAUGAUAACCUAAAUUAUGUAUUGUGAUAAUGGACCAAGCUCAGGAAGUGUCACCUGGUAGAAAUUUUACAAGAAAAUUUCUCAGGUGCAUGAUGUUUUCUAAAGUGAGAGUGAAACACCUAUCACAAGUUUCACUCCCAGCAACAUAUCUUAUAUGGUCCUUUUUAAUGAUCCAGUGAGGGUAACAAAUGAACUUCCUUAAGUUGUGAGCUAUCAGAACCUAAUGAUUGCUUACUUUGUCAAUACUAGGCUAAUUAUAUACUCGUUAAUUACUAAAUGGAAUUCCAUUUUGACAGGAAGUGAAUGCUUUUUAAACCUUUGUACAUAAGUGUGUUGAUAAUAUAUAUUAUUGUAUUUUUGAGGUAUUUGUAAUAAUUAUUGAAGAUUAUCCUGCUCCUUUCUGCUCCUAUUUUUCUUCAGCAUCAAUUUUUGUAAGAUUUAUUAUUGAAAUAUUGAGGUAAUAUAGAACAGAAAAAGAAAAAAGAAAUUUUUUACAAAAAUUUAAAGAAUAAAAAAACAACCUCUAUGUACCUAGAUAUGUAACAAGCUGGCAGUUUGGCAACAAGCUACAGCCCAAUGGAACCAAACAAUAAAAUAUAUUACGGAAAGAAAACAAAUAAUGACAUUUAAUUGACCCAGAAGAGCUCACAAGUGCCUGCAAUGUAUCUCUCAGAGUCAUUAGUAACUUUGUUGAAUGCAAAUGGGCUUUAUCUUUAAUUGCUAAAAUAAAUAAUUUGUUUAAUUUUACUUUUUCAUACAAUGAGUAAUAUAUGUAGAACAGAGAAAUAAUACAACG